GAGAGAGGACUAGAGGUGGAACCGAAACUAGUGGGUAGACAUACUACUGCAGCCAUGUGUACUGUACACACCAGAGCCUGUAUGUGCUAGGUUAGCCCACCAGAAGGCUGGCUGGUACUGGCACACGACUCAAUUACGUACACACACCCAGAGACACACACUCAUACACAGCAACAUUCUCUGCUGUUCUCAGUGCGCAACAGAGGACAACGUUUGCUACUGUAAGACUGCAUUGCACUCUGAGGCCAGAAAAGUUCAAAAAGAGACUAGAAGGAGAGGAGCAGCAGAGAAAAGGAGGGGAAGAAACAACCAUUGAGUAGCGGCUUACCUCCAAGGGGAACUAAAGUGCAAGGGAGAGGAGCACGGAUUGAUGAACUGACCGUCUGGUUAAAGAGAGAGAAACUGACCAUCUGGUUAAAGAGAGAGAAACUCUCCAUCUGGUUGAAGAGAGAGAAACUGACCAUCUGGUUAAAGAGAGAGAAACUGACCAUCUGGUUAAAGAGAGAGAAACUGACCAUCUGGUUAAAGCGAGAGAAAUUGACCAUCUGGUUGAAGAGAGAGAAACUGACCAUCUGGUUAGAGAGAGAAACUGACCAUCUGGUUAAAGAGAGAGAAACUGACCAUCUGGUUAAAGAGAGAGAAACUGACCAUCUGGUUAAAGAGAGAGAAACUGACAAUCUGGUUAAAGAGAGAGAAACUGACAAUCUGGUUAAAGAGAGAGAAACUGACCAUCUGGUUAAAGAGAGAGUAACUGACCAUCUGGUUAAAGAAAGUGAUAAAGACCGUAAUAAGAGAUGAGAGCAGAACUGAACUGACCGGUCUGUUUCCCGCAGCUCCAACAUGAACUCUUCCUCCUCUGAUGUGAACCAAAGCAGCUCUCCUUUCUGCCUGCUGGGCCUGGGCUACUCCUACAACCUCAACACCUGCGUGCUGGAGGUAUCCGUCAUUCUCUUCCUCACCAUCCUCAUCAUCAGCGGCAACCUGGUGGUGAUCUUUGUGUUCCACUGUGCUCCACUGCUUCACCACCACACCACCAGCCACUUCAUCCAGACCAUGGCCUACGCAGACCUCCUGGUGGGGGUGAGUUGUCUGGUGCCCUCCCUGUCCCUGCUCCACUACCUCAAGGGGCUGGACGAGGAGCUCACCUGUAAGGUGUUUGUCUACCUGGUGUCUGUGCUGAAGAGUGUGUCCAUGGCGUCUCUGGCGUGUAUUAGUGUUGACCGCUACAUCGCUAUCACACGGCCGUUCUCCUAUGCUACGCUGGUCACACCAUGUCGCCUGCGGGUCUGUAUCGGCCUCAUCUGGCUCUACUCCGCCCUCAUCUUCCUGCCCUCCCUCUUCGGGUGGGGGAAGCCUGGCUACCAUGGAGAUAUAUUUCGCUGGUGUGCGACCUCGUGGCAGACCGAUCCGGGCUUCAGCUCGUUCAUCGUGGCUGUGCUGUAUGCUCCAGCCACCCUGACUGUGUGCUUCACCUAUGGGAGUAUCUUCCACAUCUGCCGUCAGCACACCAGGGAGAUCACCCAGCGCCACGCACGCUUCGGCCCCCAGGGGAAUGAGAGGGGCGAGCGUGGUGAAGGGUGCCUGGAUAAGCGCUACGCCAUGGUGUUGUUCCGUAUUACCAGCGUGUUCUACGUGCUCUGGAUGCCCUACAUCGUCUACUUCCUGCUGGAGAGCGCCGGCCUCUAUUGCCACCUGGUGGCCUCCUUCCUCACCACAUGGCUAGCCAUCAGCAACAGCUUCUGCAACUGCCUCAUCUAUAGUCUCUCCAACAGCAUGUUCCGGAAGGGCCUGGGCCGCCUGUUCACGUCACUUUUCUCCCCCUGUCUGGAACUGGACUGCUGCACCGAGGGGAAGAAGGGUCCUGCUCCACCCAGCCAGCGCCCAGCCCAGGCCUGCUAGGUGUGACAGUCUCCUACAGACACUGUCUGGUUGGUU